AUGCCUCCCGCACCAUCAACAUCCAGUGCAACAGGCCGCCCAUGUCCUCCAUCAAUGCUCCACACGCUCAACGGCCACUUCGUCGACUCCUCUGGUAGGACGGUGAUACUCCGCGGCGUCAACCUCAGCGGUUCCUCUAAAGCUCCAGUCGGGAUGCAGAGCCAGACUCUGGACGGGUUCUGGGAAGAUGCGCAGGAUAGAGGCGUGGAUUUUGUGGGGCGGCCGUUGGAUCUGGAGGAUGGGAGUGCGGAUGUGCAUUUGGCGAGGUUGAAGGGCUGGGGGUUUAAUUGUUUGAGGUAUCCGGUCGUUUGGGAGGCGUUGGAGCAUGACGGACCUGGGAAGUACGACUAUGAGUUUAUGGACUACACGAUCCGCGUCCUACGAAAAUGCCACGAAUACGGCUUCAAGAUAUACAUGGACCCGCACCAAGACGCCUGGUCACGCUUCUCCGGCGGCUCCGGCGCGCCCUACUGGACGCUCGAAGCCUGCGGCCUCAACCCGCGCAACUUCACCGCGACCCAAGCCGCCGUCAUCCACUCUGAAUACCCGCUCGCGCACGCGCCCGACCCCGCGAGCAUCCCCGCGAUGACAUGGAGCACGAACUACGGCCGCCUCGCGAUCCAAACGCUCUUCACGUUCUUCUUCGCGGGCAAAACCUACGCGCCCUUAUGCAUCAUCGACGGCGUCAACAUCCAAGAUUACCUCCAGUCGCACUAUAUAUCCGCCAUGGGCGCGCUGGCGGAUAGAAUCAAAGAGACGGCGCCGGAGCUGUUGGACGCGUGUGUGAUCGGGUGGGACAGCAUGAACGAGCCGGCCGAGGGCUUCGUCGGGACGCCCGAUCUGAACGUCUUGCCCACGCAGCAGGGCAGCGUCCUCAAGAAAGGCCCGACGCCGACGCCCGCGCAGGGCCUGCGGCUAGGCAUGGGCCAGGCGCAGACGGUCGAGCACUGGACGUUCGGGACGUUCGGCCCGUCCAAGGACGGGACGGUCACGAUCGACCCGAAGGGCAUGAAGGCGUGGUUGGACCCGUCUACCGAGGUAGACGGUAAACACCCGCGGUACGGCUGGACGCGCGAUGCGGGGUGGGAGCUCGGCACGUGUGUAUGGGCGCAGCACGGCGUCUGGGACAUCGCCACCGGCUACGUCCUCAAGCCCGCCUACUUCGCGCACUCGGGCUUCAUAUCCUCAUACUGGCGCCCGCACUGGGAGUCCUACGCCCGGCGCAUCCGCCAAUCUCAUCCAGAAGCGAUCCUGUUCAUCGCUCCGCCCGUGUUCGCGCAGCCGCCCGAGCUCGACGAGGGAGAUCUGAAAGGGAGGGCGGUGUAUAGCACGCACUACUACGACGGCCUCACGCUCGUAUCGAGGAAAUGGAACUUCUUCAACGCCGACGCCCUGGGGCUGCUCCGCGGCAAAUACAAACACAUGCUCCAAGCCGUCGUCCUCGGCGAGCCCGCCAUCCGCCGCUCCCUGCGCUCGCAACUCGGCAUCUUGAAAUCCGACGCGGAGAUUAUAGGCGGGUACCCGACGAUGAUAGGCGAAAUCGGCAUACCGUACGAUAUGGACGACCGCGCUGCUUAUCAAGACGGGAAGCGGCGGGGCGAUUAUAGGAAUCAGCGGCGCGCGCUGGACGCGAGCUUGAACGCGUGCGAUGGGAGUAACGCGCUGAGUUACUCGAUAUGGACGUAUUGUCCGGAUAACAGCCAUAAAUGGGGCGACGGGUGGAAUAUGGAGGAUCUGAGUCUGUGGAGCGCGGACGAUUUGAGAGAUGGAGGGGCCGUAUAUGCGGGCGCGGGGGGCGAUAAGAGCAGCGCGGCGCUGUUGCAGAGGGGUGCGGCGCCGAGUAUGCGCGCGGGCCCGAUGCCGGGGUCGCAACUCUCCCUCGCGACGGUACCCGGGACGAAUGGGGAAGGAGCGAUGCCGAUGGCAAAGGGGACGAUGACGGCGCCCAGCUUCGACUUUUUGACGGAUGGUGCACGGGCUGUGAGAGCGUUUGCGCGGCCGUAUCCCAUGGCGACCGUCGGCGCCGCCACUUCUAUCGAGUUCGACUGCGAUAAGUCCGAGUUUCGGUUGACGGUGCGCGUCACGAGCGAGGACGCGUGCAGCGAGCCGACGGUCGUGUAUCUCCCCGCUGUGCACUAUGCGGCUGAUGCGGCUGUUGGGAGUCAGCUUGUUCAAAGUGCUGAUGCGGAGGAUGCGAGCGCGAGUGGGGGACAGUCAAGAGCGAGCAGCUCGAGCGAGACGUUGCCCGGCGAUGAGGGCGAGAUGGCGCUGGCUGUCGAGGUUGAGGUUAGCGAGGGGAAGUGGGAGGUCGAUGGGG